AUGCCGUUCUCUCAUCACAGCCAUUCUGGCCAGUUCUGCCCUGGCCAUGCUAAGGAUCAGCUGGAGGAGACCAUCCAGACGGCCAUCGGGCAGCAGAUGCGAGUCUUCUGCCUGUCUGAACACAUGCCACGGGAGAAGAUAGAUUUUUACCCAGAGGAGACUUUCACAGAGGAAGAGUGCUGUGCAAACGAAGCCGCGUACUUCAAGGAAGCGUUAAGACUACGUGAAAAGUACAAGCAGGUCAUCAAUAUUCCGAUUGGCUUUGAGAUCGACUGGAUACGGCCGUCGUCGCUGGACCUCAUCAAGAGAUCACUGUCGACGUUCACCUUCGACUUCUUCGUCGGGUCGGUGCAUCAUGUCCACACGAUCCCGGUAGACUACGAUGUCCCGACGUAUCGCCAGGCGCGAGACCUGUCCGGCGGCACGGACGAGGGGCUGUUCAAGGCCUACUUUGACGACCAGCUGGCGAUGCUCCAGGAGCUCAGGCCGCCGGUCGUCGGCCACCUGGACCUGAUACGGCUUAAGAGCGAUGACCCUGACGGCAGCUUCACCCGGUGGCCAGAGGUCUGGCAGAAGGUUCUGCGAAACCUCGACUUCAUUGCCGGAUACGGUGGUCUGCUCGAGCUCAACUCGGCCAGUCUCAGGAAAGGGAUGAGCGAACCGUACCCCAAAGCUGAGAUAUGCAAGGAAUUCAUGGCCAGAAAAGGGCGCUUCUGCCUCUCAGAUGACAGCCAUGGCGUGGAGCAGGUUGGCCUGAAUUACCACCGCGUGCUGGACUUCCUGCACUCCACUGGCAUCUCUACGAUGCACUAUCUCACAUACGACCCCGAUGAUUCGUCCGCAGAGACCCCAGACGCUAGGUUUCCCCAUACCAGACUGCACAGCCUGAGCGUGGAAGAACUCGAGCAAGAGAAGUUCUGGAAACAUUAA